AUGAUUGAUGCUGAUAUAAUUGAACCAUCGGAUUCUGCGUACAGUUCGCCAAUACCAUUGGCGGAGGAAGAUCGACAUAAAACGGCAUUUUCAGUUCCGAUGGGACAUUAUCAGUUUAAACGGAUGGUGAUGGGCUUGAAAGGUGGUCCACCGACGUUUCAAAGUACGAUGGAAAAUGUAUUGUCCGGAUUGCAGGGUGUAAUAUUAUUUAUUUAUGUCGACGACGCUGUAAUACAUGCAAGAACAUUAGAGGAGCAUUGUCAAAAAUAUUUUCAAUUUGUUGAUAGACUUCAAAAAGUUGGAUUAAGAUUAAAGCCGGCAAAGUGUGAAUUUUUACGACGGGAAGUUGCGUAUUUGGGACACAUAAUCAGCGCGGAAGGAGCAAAACCAAAUCCAGCUAAAGUGGAAGCGGUUGAGAAAUUUAAGAGACCAACGGACGAGAAGAAAGGUGAAUCUCAAGAAAAAUCAUUUAAGAUAUUGAAAGAAGAAUUAUGUGGGGAUGUAAUGUUGCAGUAUCCAAAUUUCGAAUUACCGUUCAUCGUUGCUGCAGAUGCGUCAGACUUUGCCUUGGGUGCGGUAUUAUGCCAAGGGAAACUUGGAGAAGAUAGAGCGAUAAGUUAUGCUUCUCGAGCUUUGUCAAAAACAGAAAGAAAUUACACAGUGACCAAGAAAAAACUAUUGGCUAUUAUGUAUGCUGUCGACACGUUCAGAUUGUAUAUUUUUGGUAAGAAAUAUACGUUACUUACCGACCAUCAACCUUUACAGUGGCUCAAAUCUACUAAAAGCCCUGGGGAGCACAUUCGGCGAUGGAGAGAGAGAGAGGACACGUCAGUAACGCACUCAUCAGCUGAUGGAAGAGGGCAGAGAGGAAAAGUCAAGAAUUUAAAGAAGAAAUUAAAAGGAGCAGACGACUAUCAAGAAAAUACAUCAUCGGGAGAAUCUGAUGUCGAAAUGAUGACUGACAAGGGUACGAAGGGAAAUGAUAAGAUGAGUCCAGUCGCGAUUACUCAGAAUUCGGGCCCGUCGGGUACACAACAGGAAAAAGAAGUGCGACGAAGGGAACGUCCAAGGGGAAGUAAGUCGCGGCCCAAGAAGGUAGUACAAGUUCCCCUCCGUGACAGCGAGUCACCACGGGGAAUGGCAAGUGAUGGAAGUGGGGAGUAUUACGUGCCGUCCGGAUCAGCGUCAGAAUCUGGAGCGGAGUCACAGAUUGCCAACAGUCGUCCGCAACGAAACAAGGGUAAAGCAAAAAUAGAAGAGAGAAUACAGCAAGCGAAAGAAGAUGAAAAAGCGAGGCAGGAAACCGAGAGACAACAGCGAUUAAAAGAGAAUAAGAAGCCCAAGUUGACACAACAGGAGUUAGAAGGAAAGAUAGAAGUACCGAUGGAGCAAGAGGACACGGGACUUGAAUACCGACAGAAUUUCGAUGAGGAAGAUGACAAUAAUGGCAACGAACCAUGGCGAUUCUUGUUGUCGAAGGAUUUUGAAGCAAGAAGCACGUGUGUUAACGACUCCACAGACUUGGAUUCAGACUCAGGGGACUCAUUGAUAGAGUUAGAUACACCGGAUGAGCAUUACGCAAAUCCGGAAGGAAAAUCAAAAUUAAUACACACAAAACAGCAUGUAACAGACGUCAGUGACAAUUUUGCUUUCUUUGCACCAGCCAACGGGAUGUGA